AAAUGAGCAGAAUUAGUUAACCCGGAAUAACUUGUUCUUCUAACAAACACGAGCCCUAAAUUCUUAAAAAUGGCCUAGGUAGAUUAGGACAUCGAAAUUACAACUUGUGGCCUAAAGAGCUGAAACAUUUCACCGAAAUAGGGGACGUAAGGUGUUUGACAAAAUUCCAAAGAGAAAAAGCAGAUUCCAUCAUCAGUAAUCUUCUUGCUUGAUUCCAAUUGGUGUUGUAUGAUGCCACCUGAGAGUAAAAAGCAUGGUUGUCAAAGUUUACCUUCCGAUCGACUUAGCAACCUCCCAGAGAAUGUUAUCAAUGCCAUUCUGAUGCGUUUACCCUUGCUAGAAGCUAUGGGGACAAACAUCUUAUCAAGGAAAUGGAGGUAUAAAUGGUGCAAACUUCCGCAGUUGACGAUUGAUUAUGCACUUUGGGACGCGACAAAUGAAUUUCUAUCUCCUUCUAUUAAGUUUACAAAAAUUAUGUACCACAUUUUGACCCUUCAUUCAGGACCACUUACUAAGUUUACCCUCUCCAUUUCUGAACUGACAAAAUAUCCCAAGAUUGGGAGUUUGAUAUAUUUCCUCUCUAGGAAUGACAUUCAGGAUCUAGUUCUUGAAUUCUCGGAGUGGAAUCGAUACAGAUUGCCGCCUUCAUUUUUCACAUUUUCGCAGUUGAGGCAUUUGACUCUCCGAAAUUGUGUAGUAUGCCCUCCACCGGCCUUCGAAGGAUUUGAUAUGUUAAAUAGCCUGAAUCUGCGUGAUGUCACCAUUUCUUCCAAAUUACUAGAAAGUUUAAUCUCUUAUAGCCCGUUGCUUGAGAAGUUAGUGUUGAAAAUCUCAGAUACUUCAGACGACAUUCAAAUUAACGCUCCCAAUUUAAGAUCCUUCGACUUCACAGGCUGUAUAAAAUAUAUAUCUCUAAGUAACGUUCCUCUUCUUUCUAAACUCUCUCUUCCUUAUCAAGGAUAUCUUGAGGUACCAGAAAAAUGUGAUUUUGACAAAUUUUUUCAGUUACUUCCUGCUCUGGAGCAUCUCUCCUUGGAAUAUGGAACUGACCAGUUCUUGGUUACAGGUGCAACUGAAGUACCAAGAAGACUUUCCUCUCCUCUUAACCAUCUUAAACGUGUUAAGAUAUCUCUGGGUGGAUUAGCUGAUGUUCCGUUUGCUCUUUGCUUGAUAAGAAGCUCUCCAUAUUUACAAGAUAUUAAAAUUAAGGCAUAUGGCCUGGGGUGUGAACCUGUGCCGGCAACUAGUGAAGUUGAUGAAGUUCUUGCAAGGUUCUCGGAUGUGACAUUGAAUCACCUUAGGACAGUUCAGCUCAAAGGAGUAGAAGGCAGAAAGAUUGAAAUGGAGCUGAUCAAGCUGCUAUUGACCAAAUCUCCGAUGCUGGUGAGAAUGCUAAUUGAUAUAUCGGCAUCUUAUGACUAUGAUAAAUUAAGAGACAAGAUACAAGCAGAGAUAACAACAAUUCAGCGGGCAUCACAUAAUGCUGAAAUAGUUUUAUUUGAUGAUUUUUUAUGUUAUAGACACACAAUGCAAUAGUAGUAUAUGGUUGUUUUUUGCCCGACAGAGAAUUUAAUUUCGGAUUUCUCAUUUGUUAUCUUUACAAUGCUAAGGGUUUACAUUUCAUUCCUGUUCUUGAAUGAUCUAUGAAAUGAGACUUGGAUAUGAAUCUACUCUGUGGUUGUUUAUUUUCGAUGUUAUGCAUUGAGAAAUCCCUUUGGCAGUUUUUCUUAACAGUUCUAUUCCUGUGAGGUAGAGCAUGCAAUUUUCAUGCUCCAUUUUGAAGAAGGAACUAGAAGACUGAUUUGAAAUUUUGUCUUUUGAUAUCCUUUUGGUAUUUAUCAAGGUCUGUAUAAUCAUUGGUGGAUC